GCCAUACGGUAACGCAUGUUUAUUUUCUUGUGCUACUGUCAUGGCUCGAACCACCAGAGUGUUUAGUCAGUGUAAAGUGUGUAAAGGUAGAGGCUUCAGCUGGGGUGAGAGAUGGCUGGUGUCUUCGGCAUGAAAGAUUAGGUGUCGAAGCCUGAAAGAUGCGAGAUGGCCGGGUUUCCAAUGGAAGGCCCCAGAGAAACGGCAGCGGGCGGAGUGGCAGUGUGCCCCGAAAGACUCCAGCAGUGCCCCGCCCACCGUCCCGUGUGGAGACGUCCACGGAGACUCGGGAGAGCCGGGCGGGACCAUCGCCGGACCACGUUUACAACGUCAGCAAUGCCCGGGACGCGCAGCAUUGCUUGGCUCGUCGCCCGGUGCCCCGUGGACCCUUAGGAGCAGCGGGUGCUGUAAGUACAAAGCCGGUGAGAGCCGCUUCCAGUGGGCCCAGUGCAGGCCGAGCGCCUACUUCACGGCAAGGGAGUGUUGAAGUUACCAAAACUCCUGUCUUUGCUUAUUUGAAGGUGUAUGGACUGAAUCAGUAUGCCCGUGCUUUUGCUGCAGCUGGCUUAAGUGAGCUAGAUGCCAUCAGUAAGCUUUCUGAGACAGAGGCUCUCGACUUCUUGGAACAGCUCAGGAUCUAUCCUGGUCAUAAGCUUCGGCUGCUUCGGGCAGUAGAAUGCUUGAGGCAUGCUGUAGGCGCAGACAGACGAGAUGCAGCUCAGAUGCUCGAAGACGAUGCUGCGUUGCAGAGACUAAACUCACAAAGGGAGGAACUUUGUAGAGAGAAGGCCGAGGCAGAAAAUGAAAGCAAGCGUUGCCAAGAAGAAAACCGUCGUUUGCUAGAACUUGUUCAUAAACAGGCUGCGCAACUGCAAAAAGAGCGCGACCGAGUUAUGGACUUGGAGGAUUUGGUUCGGACCCAGACAGAGCAGGUGCAGUUUCUCGCCAGCCAACUGCACGCAAUGGCUGAGGCAGGGGGCCCUGAGCGGGUUUCUCAGCUCUUUGAUUCCUUUCGGAACGGCACAGGUCGCUGCAGUGUGGAUAGCGAAGACUGGCAAAGUGCCCCCCACCUUUCCAGAGAGGGAUCCUUUCAAGAUGGGCCGAGGGGACAAGCUGGAAAUCGAAUUCGCUGUAAUUCAGAUUCUUUACUGGACAGCCCAUUUUCAAGCUCCCAAGAAGUAUUUAGUCAUGCUCCCAGUGGCUACUGCCCGCCAUCCAUCCGGUCAUUUGCUCUCAGCACUCCGGGCCAAAGUGCCCGGUCAAAGUUGGCAAAAUCCAUGGAGAUCCCUUCCAAUCUGGAGGUGGACAACUUGAUCAGAUGCCUCGCAACAGCCUUGCACAACAAAAUCAUUUUGUCAGUUGGAAAGCCACGGCCACAUGCUGCUUCCGUGGAAUGUCUUGCAGCGUGCUCCAUUUUUCUGGAGCCGGCUUGCAAGCAGAUCCUGGAAAGAGGAUGGCCCGGUUUUGAAAGCAUGGAGAGCGAACUGGAUGCUUUGUCACCAAGUCUAUCCCUGUGCUCCUCAAAGCAAAGAGUGACAGCCGAUUCGUCAAGCAAACCUCGUUUGCCUUCCCAUCCGUUCAAUGCUAUCGCCAUCAGGCGCAUCCCCAACAAGUGGGACAUUUAUGACUUCUUGGAGCUUGUCAUUCGCUGCCUUGAAGUGGAUGCAGAGGUGAGUGUUGUCACACUUGUGUAUUUGGAACGCUUUUGCGGAAUGAGUGGUGUUUCCUUUACACCGGACAAUUGGCAGCGUCUAACAAUUACCGCAAUGAUGCUCGCAUCGAAGGUAUGGUACGAUGAGUCAUACGAAAAUGUUGAGUUUGCUGAGAAGUUCAACCUGUACAGUCUGAACGAAAUUAACACAUUUGAACGAAUAUUUCUCAAGUGCGUGUCAUAUGAUAUGUCAGUCAAGGCAGUUCAGUACGCACAAACCUAUUUCUUUUUGCGCACCCUUGGGGCGAAAGAUCCUGGCGAAUUCACACUACCACCCUUGGAUGAUGCUGGAGCAUUGCGUUUGCAGGAACGCUGCCUUGCAAAGCAGAUCGAAUUCAAAAAGAGGUACACUGGAGAUGACAAGGACUUCUCAGUUACCACUGCCUUUUGAAAGGAAAA